CCUUUAAUGUUUGACUUCUAUGUCAUGUAUGAGAUACGUUAGCCUAUGUAAUUCCGAGCUUGCUUGCCCGUGUGUUUUUCUGAUACGUAGUUUUUUAUUUGUUUCAUUUUUUUGUAAUUUACCGAAAUUGUGAUGUUUUACCUGAUCAUAUAACUGAUGUUUUUUAUUUUCUUAUAUUUUAUUGAUAUUUUUUAAGUUUUUUUUUUUUAAAUUGUACAAAGGCAACAACAUUUUUACUUUGUCUGUCGUAGUAGAAGAAGAGUUUGUGUCGCGUGGUGAAACUUGUAUGUGCGCGUGAGAAAACAGAGCGAGGUGUGCGCGAGGAGCUUCGUUGCGCGUGAAUGAGAUGAACAGGCUUGAUGAUUUAAUGAUAUCAAAUACAUCAAAUCACAUGAACAAGGAUCAUCUCAUGAUAUCAAACACAUCAUCACAAGCCCCCGGUGCUGCCGAACGGACCCAAUGAUGCACAAUCCAGAACGCAUGCUGACAGCUCGUGCGUCUGAAUCCACCAACCUGAUGACAGACUGACAGAUGAAGAACUAUUAACAGAGAAGAUGGAUGUGUCUCUCCAGAGGAGUUUGAGCGUUUUGGAUCGUCUUCUCCUUACACACUCCAUAUGGUUGCAGCUGUCCAUCAACCCUGACUCCACCCAACAAAUUCUACAGCGAGAGAUAGUCGGGACUUUUCUGGUAUGUAAGUGUAGCGCCUCCCACAGGAAGGUUCUUUGUGUUCGAGUAGGAGAGUCUGGUGUGGGUGUAACACAGUUUCCAAUUCGUGAGGAAGACUCCACAUUUUCUUUAGAAAGUUCAGCUCUGAGCUUCCCUGAUCUCUGCAGACUUGUGGCCUUUUACACCAUCAGCAGAGACAUAUUGCCUUUUCCACUGGAGCUCCCGGAAGCUAUUGCACAGGCGACAACACACACACAACUGGAAAACAUUUCCCAUCUGGGUUUGGAGUUCUGGAGCUCUCAGACAUCCCCUAGUCUUCCUAAUGGACCCCCACCACCAUCAACACCCCGCCAAACAUCCAGAGUCAUCAGCCCCUGUUUCAUCAAUCCCUUGUUCCUUCAACCAUCCCAGCCCAGCAGAGCUGCCUCACACAAACGCCACCGCUUCAAACGCAGCCUCAGGGUCCGCGUGUCCAACGAAACCUCUCUCAGUCUGUCAGGUGGAGAUUCUGAUCUGACCCAGGGGGAGGCGCAAGGACAAGAUUCCAACCAGGGCAGCCAGAGACGGACAGGAGGGAUGAGCAUGCUCAAGAGGACUCAGGCACUGUCUCCCACCUCGGAAGAGGAGGACGACCAGAUGUUGGGACACAUACCAACUAAUAACUCUCAACCCCAACAAGACAAUGACGAACUCAAGAAAGAUCCUGAAGACGGUGAAGUUUGUCUCGCUUUGGACAGAACUCGCGCUCCCUCCCUCGCCGAACUGGACAGCAAUAGCUCUUUUAGCAGUCUGGAGGAAGAGGACGCACUGGUGGACUCCACCCAGCAAUGGCCGCCUGCCGCACGGGGUACCCGCUACCCCUCCGCAAACCCAACGUCAACUCUACGCCGCAUGACCGCAGCCUUCGUCUGCGUGUUUGCUCCUGAACGCCGUGUUGCCCGUUUGGUGGAUGAACUCUCCCGUGACAGGCGCUCUACGUUUGGUUCACUGGUGCAGGAUUUCUUGGAGAACCAGAGGCAGGAAUUGGAGGCCUCAAAGCUUAGUUCUGCUGUGGAGAUUCUUGAAGGGUUGAGAAGGUUUCUGUCCCAAGCCAAGAGCCUCCUUUUGGAAGCAGGAGAAAUAGAGCCUCCGAUUGAAACGCUCGUACCCGAGAAUGAGAAAGAUCUGGCACUGGAGAAAGCUCUAUUUGGCUGCGUUUUGAAGCCACUGAAGGUUCAGCUUCACCAGACACUCGUCUCUCUGCACACUCAAGAUGGCUCCUUACAGAGAAUCACAGACAGCAUGUUGGCCUGCCAGGAGGGGACGCUAGAGCGUUUGGGUGUACGAGUGGGGGUCCUGGAUGCUCGGGGCAUAGAGCGAGCAAAGGCAAAGCUCAUGCUAAUGCAACGGAGCCAUUCACCUAUUGACAAGGUGUUGCUUUUGCUGCAGGUGUGCAAGAGCGUGUACAGAGCUAUGGGGACACAACCUGAUCAGUCAGUUGGAUCAGAGGACUUCCUGCCAGCAGUGUCCUAUGUAAUUGUUCAGUGUAACAUCCCACACCUGCUGCUGGAGACGGAGUACAUGAUGGAGCUGCUUGAGCCAUCAUGGCUGACAGGAGAAGGUGGAUAUUAUUUGACAAGUGUGUAUGCCAGCCUUUACCUGAUCCAGAGCAAGCAUGGGACCACGCCCACCUGUAGUCUAACCAGUGAGGCUCAAGAGAGUUUGAGGGAGUGGAGCAGGAGGCGGGGCCAAGACGCCAAAACCCAGAGAGACAAUCAUCAAAAACAGAGAUUCGUACGUGUGUUAUUUCAGGAUGACAAUCGUAAUGCAGUUCGAACACUUCUCUGGAAGGCGGGGGAAAACGUAGAGGCUUUAGCCCAAAUUUGCGCAGGGCUGUUUGGUGUGAACGAGCCCCAGCACUACUGUCUGUUCUGGAGGAAUGAGGGGGAAAUGCGCCCCCUACCUGCCCAUUUUCAACCACAUGAACUAGGCAAGCACGAGGGCGUUUCUCUGUCCUAUCUUCGCUCGGAUCACGACUUUAGUAAGAUACGAAGACUGACCAGAGGAGGCGCUGUGGAUCUGGGAGAGUCGGUGUGUGAAGAGUAAGAAAUGGAUUGCAAAAGGAUUAUGGAUGACAUUCAUUUAAAUGGCAUGUUUGUGUUGAGUAAAAUUAAUACUGUGUGUGCGUGCCUGAGUGAUUUACAUGUGAUCCAAAGGCGAGAUCCUUGUGAGGUUCGGAAAUAAUGCAUAUACAGUGGUGUGAAAAAGUGUUGGCCCCUUCCUGAUUUUUUAUAUUUUUUGCAUGUUUGUCACACUUUAAUGUUUCAGAUUAUUAAAUAUUAAUUUAAAUGCAGUUUGCAUUGUGUUACCUUUGAUUUAUUUUCAUGAUCUGAACGAUUAAAGUUUGACAAACAUCCAAAAAAAUAAAAAAAAUCUGCAAAGGGACCAACACUUUUUCACACCAUUGUACGUAUACGUAUAAAGCAAUACGUGUUAGUGAUUUUAAUACGCAGUAGAGUAUACAGCUAUCAGAGUUUCAUUUGUUGCUUAUUGAUUGGCUAAUUAAAAGAAUUUAUUGCCAAAAAACAAUGCCAAAGUGUUAAAGGGACACUCCACUUUUUAAAAAAAUAUGCUCAUUUUCCAGCUCCACUAGAGUUAAACAUUUAAUUUUUACCAUUUUGGAAUCUAUUCAGCUGAUCUCCGGGUCUGGCGCUACCACUUUUAGCAUAGCUUAGCAUAAUUCAUUGAAUCUGAUUAGACCAUUAGCAUCGCGCAAAAAAAUAACCAAAGGGUUUCGAUAUUUUUCCUCUUUAAAACUUGACUUUUCUGUAGCUACAUCGUGUACUAAGACUGACAGAAAAUUGAAAGUUGCGAUUUUCUAGACCGAUAUGGUUAGGAACUAUAAUCUUAUUCUGGCAUAAUAAUCAAGGACUUUGCUGACGUAACAUGGCUUAAGGAGGUGCAAUGAUAUUACAUAGUGCCCGAAAAUAGUCCCCUUGGUUACUUUCGAUAGCAGGGGUUAUUUUCAGGUGCUAUGUAACUGCGGAGCUGGAAAAUUAGCAUAAAUUAUGUUCAAAAUGACAUCAAUGUAUGGAUGCAUCUGAGUUUUUUGGGUUUGUGAAUGAUUAAGUAUGUUGUGUGCUUUAUAGUAACAUUCAGUGAAUACCAUCACUUUAUUACAAACACAUGUGAUGUUGUUCCAAACAUGUCCCCUCUAAAAAUAACGCUAGAGAGUUUAUAAUGACAGCAAUUUUAUUUUUGGUUCAAAACUUACUCUACAUAAAUAUGUGAACACAGAUGCUUCAAGCUCCACAAAUCCUUAAAUGUAUCAUAAUAAAGAUGCCUCUGCAGAAUUGCAUUCUGUUAGAUAAAAAAAUGCAUUAACCUGUAAAUGUUGCUAUUUUUUAAUAUACCAGUACCCCAUGGGUCAUCAAACUGUUCUCACAGAUUUGCAAACAUGCAUGUGCAUCUGUGUUUGUGUACUUGUAGAGUAUGUUACUGCUGGUACUAGAGCAUAAGUCGGAUACUCUGGUCACUUUUAAAAGCAUUGAACAUUAUAGUAUUGUGAGUGAUUCAGCACUGACCUUAUUAUUUGGUUUAUUAAAAGAGGGAUGUAGUGAAAUGAAUAUAUAAAGUUAUUCCAUGUAAAUAAUCUCCAAAGAAAUGUUAUCAAAGAUUUUAAUAUUCUAUGUUGCACUUACUGAAUGUACAGGUAAAGUUUUACCUUUAUGGUGGGCAGAUAAACAUGCAAGUGAUUGAUUUAUGGUUGCUAACUCAAAACAUAAUUUAACAUAAACCAGAAAGCAAAUGUUGUUGAGCCGGAAAAGCUUAGAAAUUCACAAGUGCUGAAACAUCACUGCUUAAGUUCCUGGUGUAUAAUCAGUAUUAAGUCAUGGGGAUGCAAAUGACACUACUUUAAGAUCAACCUAUAUCAAAUGGCUGUUCCAUCAAAUUAUUUUUCUUUUUUUUAUGUGACAUUGUAACAUCUUCUUUCUACAAUAUAUUGUAUUACUAUAAAUGUAAUGCUAUUCUUAAUGGAAUUCUGAUAAUUUAACAUUUUAGUGCUUUUAUUGUUUGAUCAGUUAAACUCUUGAUGGUUGACCUCUGCAUGCAUUUGUUUGUGAUAAAAAAAUGAACAGUACAUUUCAUAUGACAUCAUGCAUACUCAGUUGAUAUAUGAAUAUUGAUUGCUUACCUUACAGAACGGUGCUGUACUGUUGAUUAACAUACAAUAUUAAACUCCAAUGUGAAUGCUGACUGGUAAUAUGUGUUUAACAUAUUGAACAUUAGUAACAGUUUGAUCAUCAAAGUUAAUGAUUUGUGCUUGCAGUCCACUAGAUGGCAGCAACUGAGUAAUAAUUUCGAAUGUAGUUUUGAAAAUCUUUUGACUGUUUUGUGUUUUGGAAAGCGUAAAUAGUGAACUGUAAACAGUCAAAAUUUUAAAGAGACAGAGAGAGACUAAAACUUUUGAAUAUAACUUUUAUUUUAUGGAAAAUUAAUUUAUCAUAAAUUCUGUGUAAUUAAACCUCAGAAAAAAUCUAUUAACCAACAAAACUACACUGAAUCAUUUGUUUUUGUUUGUUUAAUUAAAAUUCUAACUUUAAGAUUG